UUAUUUGUUCACAGGAUUAAAUUCAAGAAUCAUUAAAAAUUGAUUUUGCAUACUUCCAAUACACCAUGAAAACCGACAAUAUAAUUUAUGACCAAUGUAACUAUUCUAAAUCUUUACCAAAUAAUACAUGGGAAAAUGAUACCGUAGACUCUCAGCACUCACAUUUUCUUUACAUAACUUUUACACCAGUCCUUAUAUUACUUUGUGUAUUUUCAAUAAUAUUUAACCUUAUUUUAUUAUUAUCGGUAUUAUGGAUACGAAGGCCCCUAUCACCAACACUAUACAUUAGUUUAAGUCUAUCUGGCACAGAUCUAUACACUUCAUUUCUACUUGGUCUUAGUAUCACCUUGAAUAGUCUUCUACCUGAAGGUUUUCAAGUUUAUUUGAUUAACAACUGCAUGAGCUUAGGUCUAGAAGCAUUGAGAUUAGGAGCUAUUGUCACCACAGCAGGCCAUCUAAUAAUGUUAUCCUUUAACCAUUAUAUUGGAAUUUUACGACCACUACACUAUCCGGCAACUGUCACACAUGGAACUGUUACAGUAUUCAUGUUUUUCUUAUGGACUCUACCUCCAUCUUUUUUAUUCGCUUAUUUUAAUAUGAUACCUUGUCAAGCAUUUCAAUCACUACAAUGCCAACUAUACGACUUUUUAAUGGAAUCCAAAUUCAGAACAACGUUUUCUGUAGUCCUUUUUGGCGCUCUAACUACUAUGGGAAUAAUCUACUACCACAUAUUUCUAAUAGUAAAAAAACAUCAAGCUACUCGUUCAAUGUAUAAGCAAAGUAGAAGUGUACAUUUCAGUAAUCCAAAUCAAGUGCAUAGACAAACAGAAUCACAGCAAAGUAAAAAUGAAAAGGCUUUGUACACAACAUUAAUAAUUGUUGGGAGUGUUGUUGUUGGAUGGAUGCCUGCAUGUUUACAAUACUACUUAAUAUGUACUGAUUGUAUAAUUAAACCAAAUUGGGCUAGUUAUACUGUGAGGUUUUAUACAUACUUUGCAACUAAUUGUUUAGUAAUUCUAAAAUCAGCAGUAAACUCAUAUAUUUAUGCAGCAAGAAUGCAAGAAAUUCAGGUAGCAAUACGUAAAAUGUACUAUACUCUCAAACAAAAAAUAUGUGGAGGAAAUAACGAAAUGGAUAUGACUGGAUUUGAUCAAUUUAAAUACAGUAGAUCAUCAGCAAAAAGUAGACAGACAGUAAUAUGUAGAAUAUCAGUACAUCAAAAUCCUAAUAAAGAUAAAAAUCAAACUGAAGCAAAUCAAAAUAUAACUAAAGAUGAUUUUGAAUUAACAAAAUUCAAUCAUUAUUUUCAAAAGGGUGAAUCCCCAAAUACAGUGACUUAUCUUUAAAAUCCUCAAUGUAUAUUCUUAUUUAUAUUAUACAAAUAAUCAUUAAUCAUUAAUACUUAUUCUUUAUUUGCUUUAUGCAUUUAACCUUUUAA